CGGCAACAGCUAUUUGAUUUAGCACUAACAACCAGCCCUCGCAUCAAAACCGGCAUAAGCGCGUCACACAGAAAACAACAAUAUGUCAUCGGGAUUACAAAGACGUCGGGGAAAACAGUCAUCCACAAUCGAGGAAAGCUCAGGAGCUCUUGAAGACGGAGGAGAACAUAAGAUCGCCUACGAUCCAAAUGAUAUCUCGGAGUCGUCCAAGGGAAAUCAAGUUCCCGUGCUGACCUUGAUGGAGGAAGUUUUGCUUAUUGGACUCAAGGAUAAAGAAGGAUAUCUUUCUUUCUGGAACGACAAUAUCUCCUAUGCUUUGCGGGGCCUAAUAAUCCUGGAGCUGGCCUUCCGAGGAAAGAUUAGAAUGGUAAACGACCCGGCGAGAAAAAGAUUUGAGUUUCCAGACCGGCUGAUCGAGUGCUGCGAUGGUUCCAUGACCGGGGAGACCCUUUUGGACGAAGCACUGAAGCUGAUCAAAAACGAUUCUCAACAUAUGAGCGUUUCCAACUGGAUUGAUCUGCUGUCUGGAGAAACAUGGAACUUGAUGAAAAUCAACUACCAGCUCAAACAGGUGCGAGAGAGGCUGGCUAAAGGUUUGGUGGACAAGGGCGUUCUCAAGACCGAAAGAAAGAAUUUCCUUUUGUUCGAUAUGGCUACACAUCCUAUCCAGGACCCUACACCAAAGAGAAACGUCAUAUCCCGAAUUCUCGCUAUGCUGACAAACCGAAACUUUAUCAUAGAGUACGACGAGAAAUACUUUCCACAAACCCUCAAAUACAAAUAUCUUCGGACAGUUUGUCUGGUAGCAGGUUGUUGUGCUGCCAACGUUCUGGAGAACAUUCUAAUGGACCUCAGUUUUGAAAGCCGCGAUAAUGCGUUUAUUAGGGCCGACGAAAUACUGAGCCAGUUCAGCGAGUAUCCAUUUGUCAAUAAAGGGUCCUCAAUUGGCGUGGGGAUGAACCUUUUUUCUGAGAUUGAGAAGGAGAUCGAAACUGACAAACCAGGAGACCUUGUUUUGGAAGUCGUGGCUGCCGUGAUCAGCAGCCGUGCGGCUAUCAGAGGAGAGCACCUCAAAGGAAUCCCAGCAGCCUUCAACAAAGGAGUAACCAAUUGCGGAGCCAUUUACAAGGACGAUGCAAAGACCGAGUUUGCGGGAUCCUCAUAUAACAUCGUGGCCAAUUCCAGAGAGGAGAUAAUCGAGUUUCUCAAGACUGAUCCUUACUACAAGGCAGGGAUCUGGGACGUGGAUAAUGCGUUGAUCUACCCAUACGGAUGUGCAGGGCGACUAGCCAAAGAUAUUAUUAAGCCAUGA